CUUAUUUCAUCAGUGAAUACCAACUAGGUAUGAAAAAUCAAAAGUGAUAUAUUUUGAGGAGGCAUGCCUAGAUAAAUCAGUUUGUGAUGCUGUUGCAUCUACUAGAAGAAGAUAUGGGGGGUGAGUAAACAAAAUUUCUCUUUUAGUGUUAAGUAUUUUACCCUGUAUUUCUGGAGCUUCACUCUGAAUCAGAGUCAUGCCUAGUUUAAACAGAAAAUUGCUUAAGUAGUGCUUAUAUAGCUUCCCUUACUCUGCUCAGAAAAUAUUGAAAACUGUGUCGGAAAUGAAGCACAGGCACUACCACUGUUAUUGGAGAGCAUUUAGAAUCCUUUGUCCAAUGUUUCUUUCAGGUCAUGAACAAUUUUAUUUGUGUAUAAACCAAGAAGACUUCUUCCCUGUGGAUGCUCUUUGUCAAUUUCAGCAAGCCUCCUUCCCAUCUAAGGAAUCAGACUCUUAAAAUAUUUAUUCUUUGGAAAGCUUUUCAUUUGACCUUUGAAUGGAUAAUCUUUCAGAAUUAUUUUUAUACCUGAUUAACACUGGAACAUUUUAUUCCUACAGCUGAUGGGAAAGCUGACAGCCAUGCCUGCAGGUCUGAUAAAUGCAUCUAUAAGUGUACAUGCUGCCAGAGAAGAGGAAUACAAAAAGCAGCUAAUGAAACCAGAGCAGCUCCCAAUAUAUACUGCACCACCUCUCCAGUCUAAAUAUGUUGAAGAGCAGCCUGGUCAUUUACAAAUGGGCUUUGCUUCCAUCCGUACUACAACUGGUCGUUAUGUUGCCUGGUGCAAGGGUGUUUAUGUCUUUGUGAAAAAUGGGAUAAUGGAUACAGUACAAUUUGGAAAAGAUGCAUAUGUCUAUCUGAAGAAUCCACCUCGAGAUUUUCUUCCGAAAAUGGGAGUGAUUACAGUGUCAGGAUUGGUGGGCUUGGUUUCAUCAAGAAAGGGUUCAAGGUUUAAGAAAAUUACUUACCCUCUGGGAUUGGCUGCUUUAGGAGCAACUGUUUGCUACCCAGUUCAGUCAGUAAUAAUUGCUAAGGUAACUGGGAAAAGGGUAUAUGCUACAAGCCAGCAAAUAUAUGAAGGAGUUAAAUCAUUAUGGACAAAAAGCAGCAAAAAAGAGUCACUCCCUGAAUCUAAUGAAGAAACUAAGCUAGGAAGCUCUUCUGGAAUCGAAUUACCUGCAAGAACAACUCAUAUCCUGAAACACUCAGUGCCUUUACCGUCAGAACUCAGCUCUGAAACAAAGACUAAAUCAGAAUCUAUAUCAGCCAAUUGUACAUCUGUGACUGACUUUGGUGAUUGUCAAGGGAAUAUAACAGAUUUCUGUCCAGAGAAUAUUGUUUGUGCAUGCAAAGAUGGAGAGCCUUUUUGCAGAUGUCCAAAUUUCAGAGGUCAGUGGAAAAAUUAUUGGUACAUGGGGGCCAAAUGUGACCAACUCUGGAGUACUUUGGACCUGAUUUUAGUAGCAGUAUUGCCUGGCAUAGGAUUGGCUUUAACAGUUGGUGUAACAAUCCAUACUAUUCACUACUGUAAAAAGAAGUCAAAGAAGAAUACAGAUGAUCACCGGAACAGAGGCAUUCAUCAGGACUCCAACCUCAGCAUAAUUCUGCACAGGCUUUUGAUACUGAUAUGAGGCCUCCACAACCUGA